AUGGAUCCAAGAAAGUUGAGGUUCACGCAAGACAGCAUCAGCCCUACGUUCCGCGACGGGCGCCCCAUCUUUCAGCUGAUGAACGACCUGAACUCAAAAGCAGUGGACCCUCUACGUGAGAUAGAGCCGCUAGAUGUUGUGUGGCACGAGGGAUACUGGCGAUCUUUGUCGAAUCGCAGGCUCUGGACCUUGAAGCAUUGUGCUGAAGCAAUGACAGGCCAGCCGCUCUUCGUGCGAGUGCGAGUCCGUCAGAAGGAUGCAGAAUUCCGGGCGAAGUGCAACAGCACCAAUGAUGGCGAAUCAGUUUUGAUUAUGAACCGCGCGCGGUCCCCGUCGCCGGUAGCCACGCGAUGA